GCGGCCAUCAUCGCAGAUUCCGUACAAAUCCCAGAUCAAGUCAAGUCCAUUCUUUCGGCAUCGAUUAUCGCAGUACGGGCCUGGAUCUCGACGACUACUUCACAGCCAGCAUUUUGAAACGAUUAGCCGCGAUUAAAAUAAUUACUUAGAGAAUCAUUUUAAACUUUGCUACGAAGCGCACGCAUCCCCCACAACUGUCUGCGUACUCCGUAUCUACCACCACCCGGAACCUGUUACCACAUCCCGAAAAAGCAACCCGACCUUCCGCCGACCAAUAUUUUUCCUCAAGCAUAGUUGAUCAUACAGAUAGCCAUUUCACACGGAGGCCGAGUGUCUUUACGCCUUUAGCAGAGUCGUUUUCCUCCUCACGGCCGCCGCUCCGGCGCGCCACCCGCCCGACACCCGCCCUCCUCUCAUCACAGUCGCCAUGUUUAGGGCCAUCUGGCGCCGGCCCUGGGUCAGGAACAAGCCUCGGUUCGAUGUCGUCCAUGUACACAGAACGAGUAUUAGGGAGCCAUGGCUCAGGCGUAAUCUAGGCAAAUGUGGCGCCACGCUCGCUUGCACAUACUUUAUACUCUUUCUGUUCGAAAGAAAGCUGUCCGAAAUAGACAUGGAGAGUCUUCAAAAGCAUGAAGAAGAUCUUCACUUUCCCGGAAUAUUUCUUCCGCUUCCUCACUUCGAAGUCCUGACCCAGCCCAAGGGGUUCCCUCGGAACGGCCCGGUGUGGGAGCGAUACACGCGUUUUGUAGAGGACGAGUCACGGCGGCAAGCUGCCAAUGUCGAGAUCAUAAACAGAGUUAGUAGUGCAUACAAAGCACCUGGCACACCUUGGGUCAAAAGAUUUGGACCACUACUAUCAAUCAACGCACACCUGACUAUAAUAUUGCCCGGUGGACCCAACCCAGAGCCCUACCAGUUGGGCAUGGUCUUAUUGGACGACAACGAGGGACCAUUAUUCCGCAGACGCCUCGUCACGCGGAACUACUGGAAGAGGGUUGAACGGGUCUUUCAGCCACAGGCCCUAUUCAUGGCUUCCUUGGCCUUUAUGUCUUCUCUAUGGAAUACAACAGUCAUCGAAGUCAAGGAGGCAAUGGGCGUUGAGACUGAGCCUGCAACACCGGCGCAGUCACGACAGUGGUCAAUGCGCAACGUCCCUGUCUGGAGUCCCGACCCUCCCAAGCCGCCUCCGAUUCGUAUCUUGGGACCAUUGCCUACGGGUUUACCUCCCGCGUUUGGUGGUUCGAAUCCGGUCGUUCCUCCGCGAGCACAGCCAGGGGAACCCAAAGAUGAUGGUCUUGGGAAGGCCCCUCCCUACCCCCCAUUGCGCCUUGCAACACCCUCUGGUGUCAACUCGCCUGCAAGAGAAGACAAUUCGCAAUCCUUGACCAAGAACAUGGACAAGGAUCAACCUAAGCCACGCCCAGGCUGGACAGACGAGGAAGGAAACCCUCUCAUGCCCGUAUGGCUUGACUACAUGGCCAACCCGCAGACACAUGCACCGCUCAUGAAGCGGAUGCAAAGAAUAGCCCAGGCGCCCCGGGCUGCGUUCCUACGAGAACUAAGCAGAUACCCGGCAUGGCGAUCCGCAAAUACGUACGAUUAUCCCCCACAGGGUUCCAUCAGGCUUGUGGGCCCUGUGGUUGUUACCACGCCUAGCGCGUAUGUUCACCUGGAGGUAUCGUAUUGGUACGAUCCGGCUACUAGGAAGGUGAUUGACCAAGGCUCUGAAAUCAGCCUCAAGGCUGUUGGCCACAGAUGGGACGCCAAAAAGUCACCAGCAGUGGCACCAAAAACGACGGCCGAUAAGUGGGAACACGUUCAAGGCACGGAGAAGAACGCACAGCCAAGAGAGCCGCCAGAACGCAAGGAAUGACCUUUUUAUAAAGACCACUCAGCUCCAUUUGUUAGACUACCGGUUUUUGUCUUGAUCUCCCCUUUUUUUUUUUCAUUUGUGUUCCUGUUAAAUCGAAGCCACAACUCAAGUGGAGUGGAAUGAACGACAGUAGAUUAAGCACAGCGAGAUACCACCAAUGCAUUGCCUUACCAGCCACCAUCUGUGUGGUCUCACUUUGGGAAUCUUGGAACCUCCUGAG